GACGGCCCCCGCUCCCGCCGCGGAGCCGGAGCGCGGCCAUGGCUGCCUCGGCCGGGGCGUCCUUCUCGGUGGGCGCCGCCGCCGCGCUGCCGGGGGCUGAGAAGAACUCGGGAGAGCCCGAGAACACCUACAGUCUGCGGCCUGUUUUCCAGCAAAGGUUCAGACCCUCUGUGGUUAAAGACUGUAUCCAUGCCGUGCUUAAGGAGGAGCUGGCAAAUGCUGAAUACUCUCCAGAAGAAAUGCCUCAGCUCACAAAACGGUUAUCAGAAAUCAUUAAAGACAAAUUAAAAGAAAUGGGAUUUGACCGAUAUAAAAUGGUGGUACAAGUAGUGAUUGGAGAACAAAGAGGUGAAGGAGUAUUCAUGGCUGCUCGCUGUUUCUGGGAUGCUGACACUGACAACUACACUCAUGAUAUUUUCAUGAAUGACAGUUUAUUCUGUGUUGUAGCGGCAUUCGGCUGUUUCUACUAUUGAAUCUUUGAAAAGUUGGAUAAAGAUAUGACCAUGAAGAAAUAUGAACUUUUUUAUGUUGUUAAGAUCUCAACAAAAUAAAGGUAAUUUGGCAUUUUGGCAACUGA